UGCAUUCUGUCUGGAAGCUUGGAAUGAAAGCUGAUUGACUCCUUUUUUAGCCAAUGGUGGUUUUGGAAGGGGGGCGUGACUUUGAAAAUAAAUACUAGCCCCUGGGCAGUUUAGUUUCACAAUAAGAAGCUCUGAUCCGGAGUGACUGAAAAGACGAGAAUGAGUCCCCAGUGGUGCGUGUUUUUCUCCAGUGUGCUUGUAGCCCUGUUCGGGGGACUGACUGAAGCCUGCAGCUGUGGACCCCAACACCCCCAAACUGCUUUCUGUAACUCCGAUGUGGUGAUCCGAGGAAAAAUCGUCGGUUCUGAAGAGGCGAACUUGGAGAACCGUACAGACGGGACUGGAAUGUGGCUGCGCUAUGAGAUUAAACAAACCAAGAUGUUCAAAGGCUUUGAGAGCGUGCCGGAUGUGCAGUACCUCUACACCCCUCACGACGGAGGCCUGUGCGGGUUCGAGCCCAGCGACGCUACCAAGCAGACAGAGUUCCUCUUCUCUGGCAUGGUGACCGCUGGGGGCAGGCUGACCGUGACUGUGUGCAGCUUCAUCCAGCCCUGGAAGAAACUGAGCCCUGCCCAGAGGAAAGGGCUCAUGCACACCUACAAACACAACUGCGACUGCAGGAUCACGCCCUGUAACUCCAUCCCCUGUGAGCUGUCCACCGAAGCAGAAUGCCUGUGGACCGAUGGACUGUUCUCUCGCGGCUGGGACCACGUGCAGGCCCGGCAGUACGCCUGCGUUCACCAGGGAGACGGCACCUGCAGCUGGGCAGUGCAGAAACCCGCGCAGCAGGCUUCGGGCCUGCAUGGGGCUUCCAACCAGUAAACGGCGACUGCGAUACUAGAGAACAGCUUUACUGCUUGGGAAGGGCAGAGCCUUUAUAUAAUGCCUUCCCUUUAAGAAAACUGUCCUGGGAUUGAGAAUUUUUUUUAGUUAUAUUUAAAACCUAUAUAUAUAUAUAAUUUAUUUCUUAGCAGAUGCCCUUAUCCAGGGCGACUUACAAUUGUUACAAGAUAUCACAUUAUUUUUACAUACAGUUACUAAUUUAUACAGUUGGGUUUUUACUGGAGCAAUCUAGGUAAAGUACCUUGCUCAAGGGUACAGCAGCAGUGUCCCCCCACCUGGGAUUGAACCCACGACCCUCCUGUCAAGAGUCCAGAUCCCUAACAACUACUCCACACUGCUGCCCUACUUAGUGUAGUUGCACAGUUACAAUGUCAUUCUGCAUAGUUACAAAGUCCUUAAUCCUUUUCUCAUCCACUUGCAUAUAUUAUCUGGGCUUCACAAUGCUUACCUACAUGUUCCCAUGCUUUCAAUAGGUUUCAUUACUAGGGCUGCAAUGAUAUGAUAUGUUAAUGGCACGAUGCGAUAGCGCGAUAUGCAGCUUAUGUUUCCCCAAUUCGACCCAGGCGGAUCAAAUCCCUUUGUGAAACAUGCUGCAGAACAGUUUGAUUUCUGCUCCUGAGCCGUGGGACUGGCUGUGAUCCUCUUAAUCUCCUCCGGUCAAGAGUCCAGUGCCCCUAACCACUACUCCACACUGCUGCCCUGAAUAUAUAUAUAUAUAUAUAUAUAUACAUACAUAUUAAAUAUAUGUAUUGUUUGUAGUUCUAGAUUAUCUAAAUUGGCCUUCACUUAGCUUUCUUUGAGCAUGACUGGGGAAUACUAAAUAUCAGGACUCUACAGCGGUGUGGAGUAGUGGUUAGGGCUCUGGACUCUUGACCGGAGGGUCGUGGGUUCAAUUCCAGGUGGGGGACACUGCUGCUGUACCCUUGAGCAAGGUACUUUACCUAGAUUGCUCCAGUAAAAACCCAACUGUAUAAAGUAGUAACUGUAUGUAAAAAUAAUGUGAUAUCGUGUAACAAUUGUAAGUCGCCCUGGAUAAGUGCGUCUGCUAAGAAAUAAAUAAUACAGCAUUUCUCAAAUCCCUUCAACUCUGCCACACCCGCCUACUCCCAUAUCGAGAAAUGAUGAGAAUUCACUGUUGGAACAACGGAACCCGGAACCACUUGGAACAAUUGACUAAUUGCUCAUUAUGCCUAUAUAAAUUUCAGGUAAACACAUCUGGGCGUUUCCAUUGCAGUCUGAAUUGUAAUCCUGGAGGCUGUGUGGUCCAGUGGUUAAAGAAAAGGGCUUGUAACCAGGAGGUCCCCGGUUCAAAUCCCACCUCAGCCAUUGACUCAUUGUGUGACCCUGAGCGAGUCACUUCACCUCCUUGUGCUCCGUCUUUCGGGUGAGACGUAAUUGUAAGUGACUCUGCAGCUGAUGCAUAGUUCACACACUCUAGUCUCUGUAAGUCGCCUUGGAUAAAGGCGUCUGCUAAAUAAACUAAUAAUAAUCCUAGCCUAAUGCAGACAGUCCCCUCAAAGGGGGCGUGGCUUAGUCGAGGGUGUGGCUUUCCCUGGGGGCGUGGCUUCGUCAGAUCAGAUUCUCUUUCAGAGGGUGAUGGCUUCUUCUCCCCUUAACAGAGUGGGACCAAUGGCCAAAUAGUCCACCAUCACCUCUUCACCAACCCCAUACAACCUGAACAUUAUAUUAUUUUUAUAGCAGCAUUUAUACUAGAAAUAACUGCACGCAGUUGUCCUAGUUUUCGUUAUUUGGUGCUAUUUAAUAAACACUAUUUGGAUAGGGGCGUCAUAAUUAAAACUGAAACCUAUGCUUCAAGAAAAACUCGAAAUUAACAAUUUAUUUAGUUAUUUCUGUGACUUUUUUUUUUAACCUAAUAAAAAUAAGAAUCGAUUACAGAUUUUUUUUAUUUGAAUCCUGCUUAUAAACAAAGUUUAGCAAUUGCGUUUAUGGAAACUGUUGUCUUUUGAAUAAUUUAGUUUCCGCUUUUCUGACACUAAAACAAUUAGAAACUAAAGAACUUUUUAAAAAAAGAAGUUUUUUUUUUUUUUCCCAGGGCAGUUUUAAAAAUAAAUAAGUCUUUGCACUUAAUGCAAUUCUGUUUGAACUCAAUUCUAUCUUCUGAAUUGAAUGCAUUUUCAGCGGUAGAUUUAAAAAACGUUUUUUAUAUUCUUAUUUUUCUAUACUUUUUAAAAAAAUAGAUUUUUUUUUUUUGUAUUUCUUUAUAAACUUGUGUUUUUGUUUGUUCACAAUAAAAAUUGGAUCAAACCUAA